AAUGUGGAAACGUGCGCCUCAUGCACUGCAGCGGAAAGCUUCGUCUUCCCGACUUAUCCGUGCAGAGCAAUUCAUAGUUCUGCACAGAUUGUGCUUUCAGUGUAAUCUCGACUAAAGAUUAAAGUGUUAGCUCACUGCAAGCACAUGCAUUUUGGUUUAUACAGUUCACGCAUUUUAUGUGUUCGUGUGUGUGCUGUCAGUUUUUUUCGUGUGUGUGGCCUUAAAACAACUGUAAACAUGCCCAAAAGAGCCAAGAAGAAUGAGGAAGCUGUGGAGGGGGAGACUGGCAAUGGAACUGCACCUGCAAAGAAAGAGAAAAAAGGGAAAGAGCCAGAGGCCCCGAUUCUGUAUGAAGACCCUCCAGAUAAGAUGACCAGUAAGGAUGGCCGUGCAGCCAACAUGAAAAUCACCUCCUGGAACGUGGACGGUCUGCGUGCAUGGGUCAAAAAGAACGGCCUUGAUUGGGUACGUAAGGAGGACCCAGACAUACUGUGUCUGCAGGAAACUAAGUGCGCUGAGAAAGCCCUGCCGUCUGAUAUCACUGAAAUGCCCGAGUAUCCACACAAGUACUGGGCUGGAUCAGAGGAUAAGGAGGGUUACAGUGGAGUGGCCAUGCUCUGCAAGACCGAACCCCUCAAUGUCACCUACGGUAUUGGUAAAGAGGAACAUGAUAAAGAGGGUCGGGUUAUCACUGCUGAGUUUCCAUCUUUCUUCUUGGUCACUGCGUAUGUGCCCAAUGCCAGCCGUGGUUUGGUGCGGCUCGACUACCGCAAGACCUGGGACGUGGAUUUCCGGGCCUACCUGAGCGGCUUGGACCAGCGCAAGCCCCUGGUGCUGUGUGGCGAUCUGAAUGUGGCCCAUCAAGAGAUCGAUCUUAAAAACCCUAAGGGUAACCGCAAGAACGCAGGCUUCACCCCCGAGGAGCGUGAGGGCUUCACACAGCUACUUGAGGCCGGCUUCACCGACAGUUUCCGGGAACUGUAUCCGGAACAAGCCAAUGCCUACACCUUCUGGACCUACAUGAUGAACUCUCGAGCCAAAAACGUCGGCUGGCGUUUGGACUACUUUGUGCUGUCGGCCGCAUUACUCCCGGGUCUGUGCGACAGCAAGAUCCGAAACACGGCAAUGGGAAGUGACCACUGUCCUAUUACCCUGCUUUUGGCUGUGUAGAUGAGGUUUCUCAGGGCCACAACCGUUCAGUUCCAUAAAGAAAGUCCCUGAUUCACUUUUUAGUGCUUCAUGCAUAGACACAGAAGGGUCUAGUCCUGUUAGUCCUAGAUUAGAAUUUUCUUUCUAAAAACCAAAUACAGGUCCAAAUAUAGGCCUAUGUGUGUGGCAGACAUGUAUUGAAAGGAGUCAUGGUUGGUUAAUCCAAUUGUUUUGCAGCUUUGGUUCAGUCUGCUGUUAUUGAUCUCUUGAAAGCAAUCUAUCAAUGUUUUAGAAAAAUUCCAUACUGUUAUCUAAAUGACAACCCCUGCCAAACUACUGUAAUAAACAUUGUCUCAAAUUAUAGCAAAAUGUUUUGAAGCUUGUAAAAUACCUUGACCUACAAAGACCUAUGAUGUGAUAUAUGAUGUUUUUUUUUUUGGAUUUUGUCUUUGGUGCUAUUUUAACCUUUGAAUUUUACAAUACUCCCAGCUUAGUGAAGUUAGUUGUAGUUAAAUCUUACAUAUAUUACAUAAAGACAAAUGAUUUUGCUUUUUGUGCUGUUUAUUUCACUCUGUCUAU